AUGUCGUGGCUCAGGAUACCACCAGAUUAUGCGCCAUAUCUGGAUUUGAGAGUGACUAUUCUCGUUGCUUUACCUCUUAUUGGCUUCUAUGCCCUCUAUAGGUGGCUUCUCCCCAGCCCCCUUCCCGGUAUCCCGUUCAACUCAGAGGCCGCUAAAUCGAUUUGGGGUGAUGUUUUGGAGCUUCGAGACGAUCCCUCGGGAUUGGCCAAAUGGUGUAGCAAACAACUUGAAAAACAUGGCUCACCAGUUUGCCAGGCAUUGAUGGGACCCUUGUCAAAACCAGUGGUUCUAGUUGCCGAUGUUGGGAACGCGCGUGAGGUGCUGAUGGGGCGAAGUGACUUUGACCGGUCUGCCUAUAUUAUCGAUCGAUUCCCGCUGUUUGGCGAUUUUCAUCUCAAUAUGAAGACUGGAGACCGCUGGAGGCAGUCUCGCGGCUGGCUCAAAGAUUUUCUCGCCCCACAGUAUCUGCACAAUGUUGCCGGUCCCGCUAUUCACUCGUCGACGCCGAAGUUAAUCAAAUUAUGGGACUCCAAGUCUCGCCUGGCCAACGGGCAGGUGUUCAGUAUAAUUUCCGACCUUAAGACUAUGGCUUUAGACGUUAUUGUGACCUUCAAUUUCGGAGCCGACUUCCAAGACUCCGCCCUUGAUAGACAAGUCAAUCAUAUCGACAACCUUGAUGGCACAAAGCUACCAUCCGGUCAGCACGGCGAGGUCACUUUCCCCAGUGCACCCUUGCACGAGCUUCAGCAGGGCCUCACCGAUGUCGGUGAUAGAAUGGCUGCUAUCUACACCACGAAAUUCCCUCCGUCGCUGGUAUUGUGGUGGGCACGGUAUAUGUCUCCCUGCUACAGGCCAUUCUUCGAGGCGAAGGAUAGGUUCAUCCGCAAGCACAUAGAUCUUGCUAUACGGCGCCACUACAGCGACCAGGACCCUACCACUGGCAUUUAUCAUAUGGUGCACCGAGAGGCAAAAGUAGCGCGAAAGGCCGAUCGUGAACCGCUAUUUGUCAAACAAAUAAUGAUCGAUGAGGCAUAUGGAAACCUCAUUGCGGGCCAGCAUACUACGAGCGCAGCCCUGGUGUGGAUUUUGAAACUUCUAGCCGACUAUCCCGACAUUCAAGUCAAGCUACGAGAGCACCUGUACACUAAAUUUGCUGGUUCUAUACAGGACAACCGGCUACCUACGGCGGCCGAAAUCAUAAACACAAAACUUCCGUACUUGGACGCGGUGCUCGAAGAAAUGCUGAGCCUUCGUGCAGCAAUGCUGGUUCCACGUGACGCUACAAAGCAUACACAGCUGCUAGGCUAUCAGGUUCCUAAAGACACAGUCGUUCUUCUCGUCUGUCAAGGACCUGACUACAAGCCGUCACCCCCGUCAAAGUACUGGAGCGAUGUGAAAGCGUCAAGGCUGUACCCCGGCAAGGGGAAUCCGGACUUGGAAAGCUUUGAUCCAGAGAGAUGGUUCGUGCGUGAUGAGAACGGAAAUAUCGAAUUUGAUGGUUCCAGUUAUCCUCAGUUGGCCUUUGGACUUGGGAUCCGAGCAUGCUGGGGACGUAGACUUGCCAUGUUGGAGUUGAGGAUCAUGACGACAUUGAUGGUGCUCAAGUUCGGGCUGAACGACGUUCCAAAAGAGCUGGCGGGCCAUGAGGCGAGUUAUGAUAUUUCAUAUCGGGCAAAGAAAGGUUAUCUGAGUUUGAAACGUCGUUCAGGCCUCACGUGA